CAAGAGUCAAAGUACAUCCAGUUUUGCUGACACGGAAGAAAAACAAAAACCUUGAAACCAGGAAGGAAGUUCAACACACAUAUCCCAGCGAGUUACUAAGAUUUGAGAUGGAAGCAGGGUGUAUUCGUGCAAAUAUGAUGCUUGCAACUGCUAACAUUUGAAUGACGAUACAGUACUCGAGUUUGCCAACAAAUCCUAACCUCAGUUCUGGCAAACAGUUCUCUGCUGUGCAGAGAAAUAGCAUGUCUACGUCUGUGUUUCCUAGAAAAUGCGAUUUUCCAGAAAAUCUAAAAUUAAACUCUAAGAAGUAGCUGUCGCUGAAACGGCAACGUCCAAGGACAUUAAUAAUGCAUAUGAAUAAGAUUUAGAAGAGUAUAAAAUGAAGCAAAGCUUACCAAAGCUGCAGUGUAGAUCAUUCACAGUCAAGAAGAUAACAACAACAGAAAGAGAACCAAGAAGAAACCGAAGAAAAGGAGACAACAUGUUUCAGCAACCAACCCUUAUCAGGGAUCAUUUGGCCCUCAUUUUGCUGUUGCUUUGUGCAUCGACAACCUUAAUAUCAGCUACAGAUUCCACCGCUAACAAGGUUGUUGAUUAUGACGUCCAAUUCAAAGAGUCUGGAACUCAGUACACCGAGAAAAUCCAGGUGGACACAAAUAAACAAACUGAAUUGUUUAAAGUUCCUGCUCAUAAUGACGUGGAUGGAAGCAAUAUAUUGCACGACUUCAAGGCGAAUAUGAGUAUGCUGAUGUUACCAGACAAAAAGAUCUGCUAUCUUCUUCCUCUUUCCCGCGAGUUGCCUUCGCCAAAGAAGCUCGAAAAUGACCUUGACCACGCCGAGAAAAACUCUAGUGACGAGACCACUACCAUUGACAGCAAGUGGGCUGUGGACAGUGAGAUAACAAAUCGAUCCAGUCUGAGCGAAGAGUUAAAAAACUUCUGUCCAGACUACCCGAUAUAUCGAGUCCACACCAUGGAGAACGCAUCUGCAUCCGAAGAGACUGAAACAGAUGGAGCAAAACCUCGAAGCCGUCGAUGGGUGUACUUGCCAAUUUACAUCUCCAGAGUGUGUCCAGGUGGAAAAGGCUAUUUGAGCUACUCCGACAGGUCUUGUUGCAGUAGGGUUGGUGGAUACUGGCAGUUACGUCAUAGGGUUUACUCUCGUACAUGUUAUUCUGUCCGCUAUUGUUACAGGUGGUGGUGGUUUGGGUAUACCUGCCGAACACGGCACUACGUAAACUACGUGUAUUGUUACGAAUAUAAAUGUAGGGUCUACUAAAACUCCACGAGGAAAUCUGGCUCUUUUUACGUUAAUAAACCAUUAACUAUUAUUUUUAAUAAACCAUUGAAUUAUUAUUAUU